AUGGCGAUUGGCAACUCCAAAUGGGAUACCGUCAACGACGACGAUAACUCUGUUGAAGAAGCACAAGCUCAAGAGAACGAAGAAAGCAGGAAUGACACAGCACCGACGGAAGAUGCUGCGAAGGAGAAGACUGUGGCUAUCAAAGUUUCCAACUUGAAGAAGCAGCAUGUGGUGGCAUCAAAAGAGCAGAAGCGAGUCGAAGCCAUUGAUUUGCUGGUGAAAAUUUACAAGAAGAAACACGGAAAGCGUUUCUUCAUUCAUCCUGUCAUUCAAUUUGUUGCUUCGCUGGAAGGUGGAAUCAAAGUAAUCGCCAAAGAGAAGGUAGAGGCGGGCACACCGUUGCUCAGGUUACCGGAACAAGAGCAAAUCUCUAUUGCCAAUCUGUCAACUCUGUCGAGAGAAUUUGAGUCCACCUUUUCCAAGAUAGUAGGCGCUGCUUACCGUCUCAAAUCUGAAGCUGUGAUUGUAGGCGAUAUCGUCCUGCACCAGUGUUACUCCGAAGCUGAAGUCAAGCUGUUCCUCAUUGUGAUGCGUGGUCUUCACCUUUCGGCCAACGCUUUCAAAGAAUCAAACGCAAAGGAAACAGUACCCUCCCAAGUUGUAAAGACGUGGCCAUCUUACAAAGAGUUGAAACAGAGCUGCGCAGUUUGGGAUCUGCGACCCCAGGUUGCUGCGUUAUUGCGUGGAACUGCCACAUGGGGACAACUGGAACUCAAGCAGAAGUUUUGA